AUGUUGCUUUUAAAAAAAACAUAAAGUCAUUCAUUAAGUAUAAAAUCAUAAUCCUUAAUUAUAAUCUAUAUAAAAAAAAAAUAAUAAAGGCAAUUAUAUACCUUAAACUGUAAAUUUUUAUUAUUUUUAAAAUAAAAAAUUAUAUUUCAUUUAAAAAAACAAAAAAAGAGAAAAAACAGAGUAAAGGAAACAUUUAAAAUAAUUAAAUCAUUAGAUAAUUAAGUAUUUUAAGAAGUUUUAUUUGCAAUAUUAAUUUAAAAAAAGGGACAUAAAAUAUUAAAUAAUUAUGUUUUUUUAGGUAAUUUAGGAUAAGGUUCAUUUGGUAAAGUAAAAUUAGUGGUUUAAAUUUAAGAUGAAAAUAUUAAAUAUGCAAUAAAAAUAUUAAAAAAAAGUAUUUUAUAAAAAAGGAGAAACUAUUAUGAAGAUUAAGAUGGAUUAAUAAAAUCAAAAGAUUAACUUGAAUUAGUAAAACGUGAAAUAGCAAUAAUGAAAAAACUAUAACAUCCAAAUGUAAUAAAAUUAUAUGAAGUAAUAGAAAAUUAACAUAAUGAUAAGUUAUAUAUGGUAUUAGAAUAUGCUAAAGGAGGUUAAUUAAUUGAAUGGGAUGAUGUCGAUUAGAAAUUUUAUUUUUGCAAUCCAAAUUAACAUGAACCUUUUAAUGAAAAAUUUUUAAGAAAAAUAUUCAGAGGUUGCAUAAAAGGUCUUUAUUAUUUACAUAUUAAUUCAAUCAUACAUAGGGACAUAAAACCUCAAAAUAUUCUUUUAGAUGAAAGCUAUAAUGCGAAGUUGGCUGAUUUUGGAGUUUCCACUUUUACUGGAGAAGGUUGUUGUGAUAUUGAUGGAAAUUUAGGAACUCUAUAAUUUAUGCCGCCUGAAGUUUUAGAUUUUAAAAAAGGAUAUAAUGGAAAAUGUGCGGAUAUAUGGUCUUUAGGGAUCACUUUUUAUUGUUUUACUUUCCUUUAAUUACCUUUUUAUCAUUCUAAUUAAUUUAAAAUAAUAGAUGUUAUAAAAAAUAAAUCUUUAAGUUUUCCUUCAGAUAGAUAAUGCAGUAAUGAAUUGAAAUAACUUUUAAAAAAAAUGAUUGAGAAAAAUCCUUUAAAAAGAUUGACUUUAAUUGAAAUUUCCUAAAAUAAAUGGAUAAAUUAAGAUGAAGAAAUCAAUUUAAAUGAUGAAUUAAAUAAUAAUAUUGCUGAUUAAAUAAAUGAAGAAGAGAUUAAAAACGCAAUUUAAUUUUCAACAGUUAUAAGAAUUAAUAAACACAGGAAGAUUAAUAUAUUCAAAAGCAUUAUAUUAAAUAAUGAAGGGUGUUAACUUAGACAAUUAUUACUUUAAAAUUUCCAUAACGAUGGCUAUUAUUGGGAAGACCUGAAUUACUAAGUAUUGUAGUACCUUAUGGAUUAAAUAGUGAUUUUUUUUAGUGGACAUUAUGCAUUUUUGAAUUUAUGUGCUUUGGAAUUACUAAUAUAUAGAAAAAAAGAUUUUUAUAGACUUGUUUGUGAUAAAAAUAUGUAUAUGUGA